AGCUCAUGUUCUCUCGACGGCAGCUUGUGUUUAAUAACGAUACCGUCAAUUGGCAGUGUCAUUGCGCGUCCUGGCAUGAGAAUCAGAGGUAUAUCACGACAGGGCCUUGUAGUAGCGUUGGGGAAGAUGAAAAAUACGACAACAGCAACAACAAUCAUAACGUCACCACCAAUGACCAUAGUAACGACAACAGCAACGACAACAAAGUCCCUAAUCUAUCAUCAAGUACACAUCUACUGCCUGGCGUCUCCCCAUGGCCUGACUUGCACCGCUAUGCUAGGCUCCUGGCGCUCUAUAACAAGCAAGUCUUGACGUUCGAUCACGAUGUCCACGAUGCCUUUGUCGGGGUCCUAUCAGCAUUUGGUCAAUCAUUCCACGGCGGCUUCAUCUGCGGUCUGCCUCGCAUGUUCUUCGAUGCCGCACUGCUGUGGCAGCCUUACGAGCCCUUGGUCCGUCGCGCCAGCGAUUUACCAUCAGCCCUCCCGAGUUGGUCAUGGGAGGGGUGGCAGGGAAAUCUCCAAUCUGAGAGCUGGCGCAGUGGCUACCGCUAUCUGCGCGGUUUGGGGAGCUUUUGGCGGCCUGAUUUUUGGCAGACUCGGCGGACGGUCGUGUGGUCGUACUCGUUAGCCGUGAAUGGAGAACGAGUCCCGGUGGGAGACGACGCCGCUGAGUUCUCAGAUGAUCGAACAUCAGAAGGCUGGUGCGAGAAGUUUUGCGAAAGAGCCCAGAAGCCAUACUUCACCCACCCGCAGACGGCCGCAGAGGAUGUGCAAAUCACGCUUGGGUGAUAUGUGAGAACAGAGACGCAUUUGGCGUAACAUCAUAGCCAACUGAAUACGACGGAACAAGUACCCGCUGAUAUAGGCCUGGAAAGGUCGCGGGUUGGUGCAGAAGUGCAGAUGCAGAUGUAGCUGAACUUGGUUGGUUGAGGCUGGCAUGGUUGGUUGGCGCAGUCCAAUGACCUCCUCACACCCGGGCGCUUAACCAAUUACCACGUCGUAGAGUUGUGAUAACAGGACGUAGGUCGCAGGCAAGGACAUGCAGCUUGAAGUGGAGCUGCCUGUCUAUGAUUAUUGUGAUUGAGAUUUGGCGUACGUCCGCACGAGAAACCUACCCCGAUUCAUGCCCCAUCUACCCUGUCAGAGCCCUCCCGGAUAGGGGCUAGUUAGAGGUAGUAAGGAGUCCAAGC